UUUACAAUUGACAGUAAUCUCAUAACACGAAUCCUUUGGCUAAACCAAAACCAAGAAAUCCUACCUUAUAUUCUCCAGUGUUGGAAUUGUCCAAGCACAUAAACUCCAAUUUCUUUGUCAAGGUUUCUCAUCAUUUUAGUGCUACCUUCAUCUCUCUUCUUUUCUAUUUCCCCUUUCCAUAAAGCCAAAAAAAAAAAAAAAAUCUUCAAGUUUACUCUUUGUGUUCAGUUUUUACUUUCUUUUAUUCCAAAAAAUACCUAAUCUUCAAACCCUUUUGAUUGUUUUCAACUAGUGGAGCAUUUUCUCAGCACCAAGUCUAGUUUGAUUUUGAAGUUCUCAAGUGAGCUGGACUGAAUCGAAUAAAAGCCGAUUAAUUUUCAUACUUGGAAUUGUCUUUCACCUUGUGUGGUAUGUCUAAGAAUGUUUGAACUUGGAAAAUCGUAUUCUUCAAUCGAGCUUGUCAAGAAUGGGUUGUGAAUUUUGCGAGUCUCUUGCUAACUCCGUUGGAACACUAGUUGCGGACUAUGUGGUAAAGCCGGUGGGACGUCAACUUGAUUAUGUCCGCCACUUUCAUGACAAUGUUGAAAAGCUGGUGGAAAAAAAAGGUGAACUUGUAAGGGCACGAACUCGUCUGCAGCGUGAGACUGAGGUUGCUGAAAGGCAGCUUUUACAUGUUGAAGAUGAUGUAGGGGAUCUGCAAAGGAAGGCAGUGGAAAUCCUAUCGAAUGUGGAAACUUUGGAGAUGGAAAUUCAACAGAAUAAGAGGUGUCUCAAUUGGUGUCCUAAUUGGAGUUGGAGAUAUCAAUUAAGCAAGCAAGCAAUGAAGAAAACUCUGGAUAUAUCUGAGCUUUUGGAGAAGAUCAACAAAUUUGGUCAACCUGGACGAGUCGGUUACCGUGCUCCUAGUACCCUUCCCACCACAGAAUUCCUCUGCUCUAAGGAAUUUGUGGUUUCGGAAGCUUCAAAGAUUGCUUUCCAUCAAAUCAUUGAAGCCUUACAAGAUGACAAUAUCAGCAUGAUUGGAUUGUGGGGGAUGGGAGGGGUGGGCAAAACCACCUUGGCUCGUGAAGUUGGAAAUCAAGCUGAAAAACUGAAUUUGUUCAAUAAAGUUGUGAUUACAACUGUGUCUCAAAAGCCAAACUUCGAAGUAAUUCAAGAUCAAAUUGCACAAUUCAUAGACUUUGAUAUGAAGAAUGAACGAGGAAGAAGAUCAGUGCAAGAUUUAUGGUUGAGACUGAAGAAGGAACAGAGGAUUCUUAUUAUCCUUGAUGAUAUUUGGACAAAUAUCAACUUAAAGGAGAAGAUAGGAAUACCGACUGGCGAAGAUCAUAAAAGUUGCAAAGUUCUUUUAACAACACGCCGUCAACAAGUAUGCCUUGCUAUGGAUUGUCAAAAGGUGGUACAACUGGGUUGUUUAGAUGGCGAUGAAGCUUGGAAUUUGUUUGCAACGAAAGCAAGUCUAAAUGGCUCUGCUGAUGACGCUAUUAGAAAGGUGGCAACUAAAAUCAUCAGAAAAUGCCAAGGUUUGCCCAUUGCUAUAGUUUCGUUAGGAAGUGCUUUGAAAGGUAAAAGUUGUCACGAGUGGAAAGCGGCAUAUCGGAGACUCAAAGAUCGUAGAUUAACUGAAAUUGAAGAUGUUAAUGAAGAAAAUGCUUAUCUAUGUCUUGAGGCGAGCUUCGAGUACUUGAAGGGUAUGGAGACGAAGACUUGUUUCUUAUUGUGCUCUUUAUAUCCCGAAGAUCAUGAGAUUUGUGUGGAGGACUUGGUGAGAUAUGCAUGGGGAUUGGAGUUGUAUAAAGGCAUCAACUCAAUUGAAAAAGUUAGAAGUGAAGUGCUUGCAUCGACUGAAAUCCUCAAGAACUCUUGUUUGUUGUUAGAUUGCAGAAGAAAAGGGCAUGUCAAAAUGCAUGAUGUGGUUCGUGAAGUUGCUUUAUGGAUUGCAUCCUCCAGAGAGGAGUUUUCUUUUGCGAGUGUUGGAACAUUGCCGAUGGAUGAAAGUUUCAAGCAUUUCAUAGCAAUCUCCUUCAACACUGAUCAAAUGGAUGAACUUCCCAAAGGAUUGGUUUUGCCAAAUCUCAAAUUUCUUUUACUUGGUGGAACACGUGAGGGUCGCAUGGAAACUUCAAGUGAAUUCUUUGAGGGUAUGAAAGCAUUAAAAGCUUGUGCUUUGGAUUAUCUAAUGAUAUCUCCAGUUGCAUUUCAAUUCCAAAUGAACCUUAAAACAUUGAAGUUGCGUAACUGUAGAUUCUCUGACAUCUCAGUGAUUGGGAAGUUGAAGACACUUGAGAUUUUUUCAUUAAGUGGAUCUGCUAUAUCUGAAUUGCCGAACGAAAUUGGUGAUUUAGAAAAUCUAAGACUUUUGGAGUUGUCAAAAUGCAGAGAACUACGAAGAAUUCCUCAUCGAUUAAUACAAAGAUUGUCCAAUUUAGAAGAACUAUACUUGCAUGGUUCUAGAUCAAUAAAAUGGGCGACUAAGAACGCAACUGAAAAAGAAUGCUAUUCUGGCCUAUCAGAGUUGAAUUUAUUGCCCAAGUUGGGUGUAUUAUCGUUGGAUUUGCAUCCUCAAGAUCUUUCAGAUGGCUUUGUGUUUCCUAAAUUAUGGAGAUUUGAUGUUUUCAUUUUGGCUUGGAGGACGUCAUUUGAACCUUGUCCAAUCUCAAGAUCUUUGACAAUAUUUAAUAAUGCGUCCUUAGAUGCAUGCAAGCAACUAUUUGAAGAUGUAGAAUCUCUUGACCUGGAAAGAGUGCAGGGCUAUCCAAACCUUAUUCCAAGCUUGGAGUUGGAAUUCAGUAAGUUGACUUCUCUAGUUCUUUAUAGUUGCGAUGGUAUGAAAUCCCUAAUUGAUGCAUCAAAGCAACAGGUGCCAACCACUACAUUCUCUAAUUUGAGAAGCUUAUCAUUAGCAUCUAUGCUUGCUUUAGAAGAGCUGUGCAAUGGCCCUCAACCACAAGGUUUCUUACAAAAGUUAGAAACCUUGUCCUUACGGGAUUGCAAUGAAAUGAUUGGUGCAAUUCCAAUUUCACAAAAUCUUGAAGAGCUUCAAGUUCAUCAAUGUGGUAAAAUGCAAGUGCUAUUCCAGACUGUUGAAUUGAGGAGCAUAGAACAGUGGCCCAAUCAUCAUUUAAGCCUCCAAAGUCUAAAGGUUGUACAAAUAAGUGAGUGCAACAAUUUGAAAUAUCUCUUCCCAAUGUCAGCUGCUAAUAAUAGCGUUGGGCAAUUGCAAUCUCUGGAUAUACACAGAUGCUCACAAUUGGAAGAAAUAAUACAAGGGACAGAAGUGUUAAACAUAAGCCCCCAAAGUCUAAGGAAAAUAAGAGUAAGUGAAUGCAAUAAGUUGACAUCUCUUUCCUCAUUGUCCCAUGGUCACAGGUUGCAGGAGUUAUUAGUGGAGGAUUGUCCCCGGUUGACACCUCUUAUCAUUUCGGCUAAAAUACAAAAAUUGGAGCUACGGAGAAUAACAAGUGAGCAAUUGAGCAAUUUAGAUAUCUGUAAUUGUGAAGAAGUGGAGCAGAUUACUGGGAAGGAUCAAACUUCAUCACAUGAUCAUCGACUCCAACCUAUUUGCUUUCCUAAUUUGACUCUGAUUAGUAUCUUCAAUUGUGAAAACUUAAAAUGUCUCUUCCCGAUUACUGUUGCUCAUGGAGGCUUUCCAAAACUUCUAAGUGCGUCCAAUUUGCAAACUCUGGAGAUAAGCAACUGCUCCCAGUUAGAAGAAAUAAUCCAAGAGCCACAAGUGUCAAACAUAAGCCUUCAAUGUUUAAAGGAAAUAAAAGUUGAAAACUGCAAUAAUUUGAGGUAUCUCUUCCCAAUGUCUAUUGCUAAUAGCCUUGGGGGAUUGCGAACUCUACGAAUAAGUGGGUGCUUUGGAUUGGAAGAGAUAAUCAAAGCAACAGAGGCAUCCAACGUAUGUCUCCAUAGUCUAAGGGAAGUAUUUGUACGUGAAUGCAACAAGUUGACAUCUCUUUCCUCAUUAUCCCAUGGUCACAUAUUGAAAAGUUUGACAAAUCUAGAAAUUUACGAUUGCCUUCAAUUGGAAGACACUUUUCCAAUCUCAAUGGCUCAAGGCCUUCCUCUACUGAAUGAGGUUGUGCUGGAAAAUUUACCUCAAUUCAAAGGAAGGGAUGGAAACGAGAUUGUGCUUACCCUUUCAUCAUUGCAGAAGUUAAAAGUGGUGAAUUGUCCCGAAUUGACACCUUUUAUCAUUUCAACUAAAAUACAAGAAUUGACCCUUAAAAGGAUGAAAGAAAUGAAGAAAAUGAGCAACAUGAUGGGGAGAGGAGGAUCAUCAGUAAGUAUGGAAUAUUUAAAAAUUUCCAACUUUAGAGAGUUAUUUGAUUCUAGUUAUAACCUUUCAAGCCUGAAGUUCCUAAAUUUGUUUGAACUAACCGAAUUGCGAGUGAUAUGGAAUGGUCCCAUCCAAGCUGUAAACUUUCAAAAUCUCACUCAAUUGAAUGUUAGAAAUUGUAGAAGCUUAAGAUACAUAUUCUCACCAACCAUUGCUCAAUAUUUGCCACGAUUGAGCGAGUUAUAUAUAUCUGAUUGUGAGGAAUUGGAACAAAUUAUUGACAAGGAUCAAAAGUCAUCACAACAUCAUCUCCAACCUAUUUGCUUCCCUCGUCUGGCUGAAGUUAUAAUCUUUUAUUGUAAAAACUUGAAAUAUCUCUUUCCGAUUACUUCUGCCCAUGGUGGCCUUCCAAAAUUGAAGACAAUAAGCCUUGGAAACGUCCCCAAAUUAGAGCAGGUGUUCGAAGGAGAUGAAGCAAAUGUGAGUAAGGAUGAAGAGAAAGUGAUACACCUACCACAAUUAACCGACUUAGACCUUGAUAGGCUACCAAACCUCAUGAGCUUCAGCCCUGUAGGUUAUCAUUUUGUUUUCCCAUCUUUGGAUGAUUUAAACGUACAAGAUUGUCCCAACCUAACCACAAGGUUUAGUGUUGAUUCAGAGCAAUCAGUGCAUGCCGAAACACAGGCAAGCCAAUCAGUUGAUGAAACUAUAGUGGAAGAAUCUGCUACAGCUCAGGAAACUACAUGGCCAGCUGGUAGCAACAUAAGUUGGAGUGCAGAACACUGAAGAAGACAUUGAUGAACAACUUUUUGAAUACGAAGAUUCAAGUGAAUGAAGGCAAUUAUAUAAAAGGAGGUUACCUGAAAAUCCAUCCAUUGUGAACCUCUGGUAGUUGUUUCAUUAAACAACUUUGGAAAAAUUACUUUAUUUAAAACAGUUCAUAUUUUUUAAUGUUUGAAUAUCUUAUAUAAAAUAUUUUUCCUCAAA